UUAGUCUACCAGCAAAGGAUAAACUAUGGAGUCAGCGUGGCGAGGGAAGGUCGUCCAUAUUUGUUUGUACCAGCAAAUUCUGUGACGACCCAACGCCACCAGAAGAAAACCAAGAUGGCGGACCCCGUGACUGACUUGUUCGUGCUGUUCAUUGUGUUGUUUCUCUUGAUUGUUCUCGUUCUUUCCGUGACGUCAGCGGUUGUCCUGAUAGGUUGGAUGGGGGUCAAGGUCUUUUGGCCUGGUCGCAAGGAAAAGAAAGAAGAUGAAAAUGACGAAGAAUCCGACUGGGAAGUCGAAAACGAUAUAAACGACCAGUCAGCUGAGAACGACACCAACACGAUCAUAAGCAUCGUCAAAAACAUCGAGGGAACAGUGGAAGUCACAGAAAACAAAGAUGGCGUACUUGAGAACAACGCUGAAAAAACGGAAGAAGAUACUUCAGAGCAAUGCGCUACUACCAAUCGUGUGACUGUCUUACAAUUCCCUGUGACGCAAACAUCAAUUGACCAAUCGGAGCGGUCCACCAGCAAAAGUAGCGAGGCCGGAAGUGUGGAACCGGAACCGGAAGUCGAACUGGAAUAUGGGGACCUGUUGGGGCCGCCAUCAACACCGGAAGUUGAGGAGGAAAAGGAGGGAGAAGAUGGUGAGGAAAAAACGAACGCAGAAGAAUAUGAAGAGGACGAUCUCGUGUUUGAGAUCCCGGAAGAAUUGAGGUUUUCGCGGUAUCAGUACCUGUUCAGACGAGGAGACUUCGACUCGAGUGACGAAGACCGAGGAUACAUGUCGAGCGAGGACGAACUCGACCGAUGGGUGCGUCGGCGACCCGAAGAGUACCGAGCGGCUCCGGGGCAAGACGUUCGGCACCGACUGACUCCGAUUCCGUCAGCCGAGAACGAGGACAUCGCCGAAGAUGCAAAAGAUGAGAUUGAGGAAGAAGACGGCGAUGAACUUUUGCCGUUUGCAAACGACAUUGACGACGAGGUUGUUACCAUCUUAGCCGCUGUUUCUGAAUGGAAACAAAAUGGUGACAAGAAAACUCAACCAGACCCAAACCCAAACUCUAUCACAACAGAAGUGACAGAAGAAAGCAAGUCACCAGCUACCACUUUGAAAGAAUCCCUUCUUGACACCACAUAUGAGAAAGAAGAUGGCACAAGUUGGAAAAGUCGAAGCCCGAGUCCGCGACCAGACUUUACCUCUGGUUCGCGGAUGGUGGCGCCAGGAGAUCAAAUGGCUUCAAAAGAAAUGCAAAACAAACAGCAAGACAAAGGCAAAAUAGCGCAGGAAAGAAUGCCUACAUUUCUUACAUUUGCGCCAAGCGAAAUGACAAAACCAAGAAGCCCGAGUGCUAGCUUAAAACCUACAAUACAAGAAACAAAAGCUUCCGGAAUAGAAAGAAAGCAGUCUCAAUUGAACACACUGUCAACGUGGAUUCCAACUCAAACGUUAAGCCCAGUUGCUAAGCAAGCUCACAGAAAAGAUAGCAACGUGCAAACCUUUCCGACUGUUUCUGAGCCUAAGAGCCUAGCUCAGCAUAUGUUUGAACCUGAGUCAAGCGACGAAGACGAAGAUGACGACUUUAUAUUGUCGUACAGUGGACGACAAUUGUCUACUCCCACCCCCACUCCUGUCUUUGACAGAAAAUCGCCUGAAGUUCCUGUCAAUCUAGGCAACGUCCGAAGUGGGGCGGGAAAUAAACUAAGUGUGGAUGCGGCUGUGGGGAUCAGCAAUUUUAAAGGCCCACCAUCUACAGAUAUUGAGAAAAUCAAAGAAGAGAAGCGAGAAAAAGAACAGCAUGCAAGAGUGUCCCGUUUCAAAGAGAUGCUAAAACCAGCCGUUAGCGUUACUAAGGAACAGCCAGAGAUUAAUAUCAUAAAAGAUGAAACCGAAGAAAAUUGUUUCGAGAAGUCUCAAGAGGUACCACGCCCUGCAGCUCAACUAAAACCAACCCCCAAGGUUCCACAAUCUAUCAAAGAGUCCACCAUGUUCUCUUCGUCAAAUGUGUGGAGGAAGGUCGACGCUUCACGCCCAAUUGGGGAAGGUCAACUGCAAGUUGACAAGAAGGGUCAAGGUCAUCAGCUGACCUCAUCAGCGAGAACUGGCGAGAUCGGGCGAGAUUCGUCCGGAUUGUCAGUCAAGAAGCAUCUUGGGAUAUUCGAGGCAAUGUCGGAGCUACGACCAGUCUCAUCCAGUCGGCCUCCUUCUCCUAGGACCAAGCCGGUGGGUACAUCUAAGAUGUACCGUUCGAUGCCCGAUUUAGUCAUAAUGUGGAAGGAACUGGAAACAAAAAGCGGGGUUCCGAAACCUUUUCCAACCAUAGCAUUUGUGCCUCCGGAAUGGAAAGCGCGAAAGGAUCUCGAUACGUAAGAUUGUACCUCAUUUUGAAGCGGAUAAUCGUUAGAUGGCUUGUGGAAUC